AUGCCGAGUCGAUUACGGGAUUACGUGCAAGAGAGCGGACGGGCGGGAAGAGACGGUGAGCCGAGUGAAGCAAUUGUCGUGGUCGAGCGAGCACGGGCGACGAUAAGCAGCAGUUGGCCGCCGAAAGAGGCGGCGGUAGAGAGGCUUAUCAGCGGAAAGUGGUGUCGCCGUGUGGUAUUGGAUCAGAUGAUGGAUGGUCGAUUGGAUCGCGCGGGUUGCGACGACAAGGUGGAAGAGAUAUGCGAUAUAUGCCGGCGACAGAGAGAUCAGUUGAUGUUUGAAGCGGAUAUAUCGUGGGUUGAGAACGAGGACACAGGUAGUGGGAAAGGCAUGGAAAUGGCAGAUCAAUAUGGAGGACAGGUAACAGAAGGAGAGAUCCAGGCACGAUUUGAGCAGGCCGGGCGGAGCAUACGAUACGAGCAAUUCAAGGCGAGGCAAGACGAGAUACGCAUCCAUCAGGAGGUGGAGACAUUCGAGCAAGAGUUGGGACAUAUGGUCGGCCGGUGCAUAGGUUGUUUCAUGGCAACAGGCGUUAUAGAGGAAGAUCAAUUACACAGGAGAGAUGAGUGCCCGUUAUGGGACAAGAGAUGGUGGGAUGACAUGGCGCGAGCGGAAGAGAAGUGGCAGAAAAGCAUGUUUACAAAGGGGUCAUGGCGGAUCAUUCCGGUUGUUUUGGUGUGGCAUGCCGCAAGCGAUUUGCACACAUUGGGAGCCGUUGGACAACGAUCAAGGAAGAUUCAAGUUAAAGAAGGAUGGGGUAUGUCAAUAUGCAGGCGUAUUGAUGCAGUGGUCGGGGAGUUAGAUGCAGCACGAGAUUAUGAGUGGCAAGAGUCAGAGGAUAAGGUAGUAUAUGAGAAGGGAUUAAUGAAAUGGUUAGGGGAGAAAGUUCAAUGGGGCAUUUAG